AUCAUUUUCAUUUUUCGUUGAAGUCGACGACUGAUGGACGCCACGCUUCGUGUCGGCGCGCUCCUCGGCGCGGCCAGUCUCGCGCUUCUCAGCGUCAGCGGUGGCUGCGCGGUAGCGCCGGACGACUGCCCUGUACCGAAUGAGUUUGUGCUGCCCAUGGGCAUGGUGGGCGCUGCGACCUUGCUGCCGAUUCUCUACUGCGUCCUUGCCCACCACCGCGACCACCGCACACCGAGUACCGAAGCGACUGCGCUCUUGUCUUCGCCGGCGCCGCGUCUCGUCGAUAUGAACGGCGUCGCUGUUACGGCACGUGUCCACGCCUACAUGUAUGCGAGCCACUUCAUGUCGGCCUGGGGCGAUCGCAUGUGGCAGUUUGCGAUUCCGCUGCUCUUUAUGGAGAUCUUUGUCAACACGCUGCUGCCGAGCGCGGUGUUUUCGCUCGUGGUGUACGUCGUCGGCGUCGCGGCGGUGCCGUCGCUCGGGCAGUGGCUCGACCACACGAACCGCAUGACCGUCCUCAACGUCUCGAUUGGUAUCGAGAACGCCUGCGUGCUGCUUAGCACCUUUACGCUCGGCAGCAUGCUGUAUCUGAUCCAUGGCGCUGCCACGAUCCAGUGGACGUGGACGUGGCCGCUCACAUUGCUCUUUGGAUGCACGAUCGCCCUUGGCGCGGUUGGCCAAGUGUUUAGCGACGCGCAGACGCUCUCGCUCGAGAAGGACUGGGUCGUCGUCAUUGCGACCGAGACAUCGACGCGCCUCGGCGACUGGAACACAACCAUGCGCCGCAUCGACCUCUCGUGCAAGCUGCUCGCGCCGGCGGCCUUUGGUAUCCUCAUGGACUAUGCAGGGUCCGACCCCAUGACCCGCGCGACCGUCGGGGCGGCCGCGGUCGGCGUCUGGAACUUGAUGUCGGCGCCGCUGGAAUACGCCAUGGUUCGGGAUGUCUACGCGCUUGUGCCGGCGCUCGCCAACUCGUCGCACAUUGAGAGCGCCAAGCCGAAAGCCACCUUGUCGCUGCGCCAGUACACGUCCAUGUGGGCAGCGUACGCGGCGCACCCGACGUUCCUCGUGUCGUUUGCCUACUGCGCGCUCUACAUGACGGUGCUCUCGGGCAGCGGCCUCAACAUUGCCUAUCUGCAAUGGCGCGGCGUCGCGCUCUCACUCCUCGGCGCCACGUCGGGGCUCGGUGCACUCUUUGGUCUCCUCGGCACGCUGCUGUUCCCGCUGCUCGUUCGCGGUAUCGGCAGCGUCGAACGCGUCGCUGUCGUGAGCGUCUGGCUCUUCUGGCUCACGCUGGUUCCCGUCGGCGCGUCGUUUGUGCUCUUUGGUCAAGUGCAGAUCACAGACUACGUCAUGAUCGUGGCCGUGCUUCUCUCGCGCGCGUGGCUCUGGAGCGCCGACCUCGCCGAGACGCAGAUCAUGCAAGAGUGGGUCGAGGUCCAUCGGCGCGGCACCAUCAACGCGAUGCAGAGCGCGACGACCAAGCUCUUUUACAUUGGCAUGCUCCUCGUCAGCAUUGCAUUCGCCGACCCGCACGCGUUCCAAACCCUCGUCUUCGUGUCCCUUGGCGCUGUCUUCUUGGCGGCCGUUGGCUUCUCGACGUGGUUCUCGACCAUCGGGCGCCACGGUCCUCCCGUAGCCAGCACCGUCUAA